AUGUCGUCUGUGGGUGCAACAGUGAAUGCUUUGUUUGGAAGAUUGUCGACGGCGUCUUCGACACCGCUGGUGAAAUGGAUGCUUCAGAUGCUGGCUUUGUCACAAGCCUUGGCACCAGCGGGGUGGCCGGCUGCUUAUAAACUGAAAGACGGCGACCGCUUCGACUUCAUCGUGGUGGGCGCGGGGGCCGCGGGGGCCGCCCUCGCCGCGCGGCUCAGCGAGCAGCCGCGCUGCUCCGUGCUGCUGCUGGAGGCGGGGGCGGAUCCGCCGCCUGCUAGUGUUGAAGGAGGCGCCCUCAGACAAGUAAAAAUAAAGCAAAAUGACAAAUUAAAUGAUUGGAUAUUUGACUUCAUCGUGGUGGGCGCGGGGGCCGCGGGGGCCGCCCUCGCCGCGCGGCUCAGCGAGCAGUCGCGCUGCUCCGUGCUGCUUCUAGAAGCGGGGGCGGACCCGCCGCCUGCUAGCGUUAUACCGAGCAUGUUUGGUGUUCUCGGCCACACCAAGUAUGACUGGGAUUACCUCGCGGCGCUAGACGAGGGCACGGGGAUGUCCAAGGAGAACAGAUCCAUAUUCAUGACGCGAGGGAAGAUGCUCGGCGGAUCCUCCUCACUGAACUACCUGAUGUACUCCAGAGGAGACCCUGACGACUUCGACGAGUGGGCCGAGCGCGCGCCAGGCUGGGACUGGAAUACCGUCCUUCACUACUACAAGAAACUAGAAGGAAUGCAAGACCCUGUGGUCAUGCGGAGCAAAGGCGCUUUCUUACAUUCUAAGGAUGGACCCGUGAAGAUAUCAAGACCGAAACAGAAUAGAUUCUUCCGAGAGGUAAAUGAAAGGCUUAUGGAUUCGCUUGAAGAACUCGGCGUUCCAAGGGUGCUGGAGAACAACGGCAUGGAUCGCCUCGGAGUCUCCCCUCCCCAUUACUUCUUCCACAACGGCCGGCGCUCCAGCACAGCUGAAGCAUACCUGGUGCCGGCAGCUAAAAGACCAAACCUUUUUGUGGCCAAGAAUGCCCACGUUAACCGAGUUUUGAUCGAUAGAUACACAAACCAAGCUUUUGGCGUCGAAGUACGUUUAAAGAAUAAUAAAAACAUAUUCGUUCACACGAAUAAAGAAGUAAUCCUAUCUGGUGGAGCGAUUAACACCCCGAAGAUACUAAUGCUAUCAGGUAUCGGUCCAGAGUUUGAGCUGGAUGAGUUAGGUAUAGAUGCGAUAGUGGAUCUUCCUGUCGGGAAGAACCUGCAGGAGCAUGCGGUGGUGCCGGUGAUGUUCGCUGGUCAGCAGGGCCUGCAGUCGGCCGUGCAAUAUCUGUACACUGCUGCUGAGCUGGACGCUUUCCCUGCUCCCAUGCAGUUUGGACUAUUUAACCUGAACCAUUCCAUGCCGGGCUUUCCUAACACAUCGCGACCGAUGUUCCAGUUCUUCAGCACAUACAUCGGCGCUGGAGCAUCACUAUUCUCGUACGUGGGCUGCCGAGCAGUGGUCAAUUUCGAAGAAGAUUUCUGCACGUCUGUCGCGACACUCAACGCAAUGAAAGACAUCAAUUUAAUCGCUCUCAUUCUCUUACACCCUCUUUCGAGAGGAGAAGUGAAACUCCGGAGCAGCAACCCGGCAGACGAUCCGAUAAUAAACUUGGGUUUCUUUCGACAGAAAGAGGAUUUGGACGCGUUGACUGAAGCCUACAAGUACAUAUUGGGUUUGGCGAAGACAUCCCGGUUUCGUCGGGAAGGAGUGCGAGUACCCAGGCUGAGAGUGAAGGGUUGUGACAAGUUAAAGUGGGGCAGUGAUCGCUACUGGGAGUGCUUCGUGCGCAGCACUGCGGGGUCGAUGUUCCACCCGGUCGGGACUUGCCCCAUGGGGCGGGACGGGGUGGUGGAUGAGCGACUGCGAGUGCAUGGAGUCAGCGGCUUAAGAGUAGCUGACGCGUCGGUCAUGCCCACCAUCACCAGCGGAAAUACCAACGCACCCUGUAUAAUGAUCGGUGAACGCGCCGCUGACUUAAUCAAGUCAGAUUACGGACUCAGUGACAAUGAUAAUACUUAGACUGUGUUAGGAAUUGAGUGUGUUUUAAUAAAGACGUUAUACCCCAAUUGCAGCCGUCUGCAAUCAGAAGUGACCUCAUUCAUAAACGGUGUUAAACGAUAUUGUAAUUAAAAAGCGAAUGUUAAGUAGUCAGGGGUAGGGUUGUGACAACUCUGUCUGUACUAAGAUAAUUAUUAAAUUCUUUAUUUUGCACAUCAAAUAAAGUGUACAUUGACGAACUUAAUGCUAAUAAUGAUUCUCUUCCAGUAUGUACCUUUGGUGUUGUAAAAUUGGUUACAAAUUCUAAUUUAAAAGCUGUCAAAACCUUAAAUUCUUUGUUUUAAAUAAUUUGACUCAGUGUUUCCGUAAUUAUCUAAUUUUUCGCUGGUAAAUAUGUACCUAUA